GUAAUAUAUAGCUGCAUUUGCACCGCCUGACGGCUGGGGCUUCGUCAUGUAGUGCCUGGCUCGCACGUGGUAACAAAGAAGCUAAUAUUUACCUCAAAUGAAGUAAAUUAGUUGCAAUGAUUCUUCAUCCACUUACGGGGUUGUUAUUCCUCGUUCUGGUAGGGCAGCCUCUCAUUGCAUGCGCCACCAACGGCAACCUCUCAGAUGUAGUAAGGCUUCAGCGACAAUUGGACCCAUCCUAUAGACCUCCACCCAUAUGGGGCUGCGAGGAAGGCCUGCCGGCGGGCGCAUUUCAUGUCGUUGUGGCAACAUACGCCCCGGAGCCCAUGGCGCUGGUUCCAUGGAUCUGGAAUCUGGGCCUGGCAGGCGCCCAGAUCUGGAUUUACCACCGCUUGGAUUCCGCCGACCCCCGUCUCGCCUCCGCCUCCGCCGCCCUAGCCGCCUUGGAGCCCUACCCCUGCAACUCCACAAUCCAUCUGCAGCAGCUAAUACCCAAUAAAGGCCGCGAGGCGGCUGUGUACCUAUCGCACAUCGUACGGCAUUACAACAACUUGCCCGAGGGCCUUGCGUUGAUUCACGACCACGGGCCCGCAGCUAGACACUCCCUGUGCGGUCCGUUCUUCCGCCGCCUGCGGGGGUACUACGCGGGGAUACGAGAGCAGCUGCUGCGGGUGCAGUCACGGACACAUCGAAAGCUGCAAACGGAGCAGCGCACGCAGGAAGCAGGAGGGACUGCUGCGGUAGCAACAAGGGCGGAGAAAGGCGGCAGGGGCAGUUCGGGUGGUGGUGGCAGUAGGGGGACAGAGGGAAGGCCGCGGCCCGCCAACAGCACCACCAGCAGCAGCAAGGGCCGUAGCGGCGGCGGUAGUGGUAGUGCAGCACAGCAGUUGUUCGCCAAGUUCGCGGAGAGGGUGGUCAGCCUCAGCAGUGGUUGUCAGGAGAAUUGGCUCAAGGGAUGCUGCGCGCUGCUCGUCUGUUCCGAGGACUCGGAGCAGGCGGGGGGGGCAGCCGAGGCGCCUUGGGACUCAGCAGGCGGUGCGGUGAGGGCAGCAGGCGGCGCAGCAGGUGGGGGGUCAGCUACAGCGCAGGAUGAGACAACACAGCAGGCGGGCGCAGACCGUGCCUUGUUAAUGCGGUUGGAUCCGGAAGAGCAGGAGGAGG